UCCAGGGCCCACGCUUUUGUUCGCAAAGGUUCGUCAAGGGAAGGAGGAAGGGAGAAGAUUUUAUGCUUGUUCUGCCUGUAGAGAAAGAAAAGACUGUAGCUUUUUCCAGUGGGAAGAUGAAAAGGUGUCUGAAGCGAGGCUUUUAGCCCAGGAGAAGUACAACCAAAGUCGGCAGCCCUCUUUCUCUCACGCACAAAAUGUGGAAAGGUACAAGGAGUUCGUCAUCUUGCCGUUAUCGAAAAGGAAGUUCUGUCAGGAAUGCCAACAGCUUCUCUUGCCACCUGAGUGGAGCAGACAUUCUGGCCACCAAAUACUUGGCGAUGUCUCCGUUGCCCAGAUGAGGAGACCCAGCCAGCUCCUCAGGCCUCUAGAGAACAAGAAGACCAACGCGCAGUAUCUGUUUGCUGACCGGAGUGGCCGGUUCCUGCUGGACCUCAUUGUCGCGCUCGGGUUCACGAGAGUGCUUUGCGUCGGCACCCCGAGGCUCCAUGAACUGAUCAAGUUACGAUCAUCACAGGAACAGAAGACCCCCAUUAGGAGCCUUUUGUUAGAUAUUGAUUUCAGGUACUCUCAGUUUUAUACGGAGGAGGAAUUCUGCCACUACAAUAUGUUUAACAAUUAUUUCUUUGGCGGAGAGGCUGCCCAGGAUCAAUGUCAGAAAUUCUUGCAGCGAGACGAAGGCCAAGGAGUCAUCAUGGUGGCUGAUCCUCCGUUCGGGGGCUUGGUCGAAGCCCUGGCUUUUACUUUCAGACGGCUGAUGGCCACGUGGAAACAAACAGAGUGCCCAGAUGCUACCCGUAAAGAGUUACCCAUAUUUUGGAUUUUCCCUUACUUUUUUGAAUCACGCAUCCUUGAAUUUUUCCCGAGUUUCAGGAUGCUGGAUUACCAGGUGGACUAUGAUAACCAUGCCCUCUACAAGCAUGGGAAGACAGGCCGAAAACAGUCCCCUGUUCGUAUUUUUACUAAUCUUUCACCUCAUCUGAUAGUGCUUCCUGUGGAAGAAGGGUAUAGGUUUUGCUGCAUUUGUCAGCGAUAUGUGAGCUCAGAGAACCAACACUGUGAAACAUGCAAUUCAUGUACAUCCAAGGAUGGGAGGCGAUGGAGGCAUUGUUUCCUUUGCAAGACAUGUGUAAAACCUUCUUGGGUUCACUGUCAUGUUUGUGAUCGCUGUGCACUUCCAAGUCAUUCUUGUAAGAACGUGGACACCGGAUGUUUCGUUUGUGGAGCAGCAGAUCACAAGCGCACCGUCUGUCCUAAUCUGCACGCAGCUACGAGAGUUUGCCGCAGUGGCCAGAAGUUGAAUCGGAAGAAGAACAAGCUCAAAGGAAACCUGAUGAGAAAUGGAAAGAAAGCUAAGGCUGCAAAAUAAAGAAAGAAGAAAUCAAAAAAAGCUUCUCAAAUAAAAUGGGUUUUUUGGGAGAG